AUGGACCACCGCUUGAUCCGCAAGCUCCGGCCUCGUCUUCUCGCGUGGCUUCGCCGAUCUCGGUCUGGCAGGGUAUUAUUUAUGAAGCGUUUUCCAUACAAGGAUAUAAAGAGAGCAACAGAUGGUUUUCAGAGUAUCAUGUAUACCACUUCUCAUAUAGCUGCUUACAAGGCCAGAUUUCAAGAUGGUGGGGUUGUAUUGAUAAAAGAAAUGAGAGAUUACGAUCAAGGAAAAGAUGCCUUCUACAGAGAAGUGCAACUCUUGGGGCGCUUGCAUCAUCGCCACCUUCUUGCUCUCAAGGGGUUAUCUACUGGACAUAGACGGUUGCUAGUUUUUGACAACAUAGAAAGAGGGAGCUUGAAGGAGCAUCUUACUGAUCCCAUUAGAACUCCCUUGGACUGGAAGACAAGGCUACAAAUAGUCAUUGGUGUGGUAGCUGCAUUGGAAUAUUUGCUUCUCUUCAAUGAACCUCCAAUGUAUCAUGUCUCCAUUAGCUCAAGUAGCAUCAUGCUAGAUGAAAACUUUAAUGCAAAGCUUUCAGAUGUUGGCCUUCAAAGUUCUGGUGAAAAUUAUGUCACAGUACCUCAUACCUCAUGCGCUAAAGAUUGCAUGGGUCAGGAAUGCGGUAACAUCAUGUUCCAGCUUGGGGUGCUGAUACUGGAGCUCAUCACCGGUCAGUCAUCAGAUGACAGGGCUGCUGAUCUGGUUCAAUGGAUCCGAGAGUAUCGCUUCUGUAGCUCCAUUCACAAGAUGCUAGAUCCUGAUCUAGGUAAUAGUUAUGAUUCUAGGGAGCUUAAAAGUCUUCUAGCUGUGGCAAAGUUGUGUGUUAGAUAUGGGGAUAAGCCAAAGAUUUCUAUUCUGCAGCGGUUCCCAAGUUCUAUUUGGGCUAAUUGGACUCAGAUACUGAUCUUCUGUUUUCUCGAAGAGUCCAAUCUGGAUGUUGUGCACAUGAAAACGGCAGCGUCUCUUAAAAUGUUCAAUUGGCUAAAUGAUGGAACCCUAAUAGAUCCUUCUCUAGGAAAAGAAAAAGAGUUGAGUUAUUUUAGAAAGCUUUCAGUGGACCAGAAACAAACACGAGAUGUUAAAAAAAGCAUAUCCAUGUCCAACAAAAAUCCUGCUCAGAAAAAGAGAAAAGCCAAGCGUCUUUGGACUGAGAAAAACUUAGUUGCAACUGCUAUUCCCGAAUCCCCGACUAAUAAUGCUAUAUCACGUGGAACUGUUAUCACACGUCAUACUGUUAUUGGCCGAAAAUAG